ACUAUCAGUAGACAGUAGUUGAUUCUGUUUUCAGAAAUUUCCAAAGUUCUGACCUACGGUGCUAAUAUAAACAUGCCCCCAAAAUGUUUCUCCACCAGCUGAAAGCCAAGUAUGGAGGCACAUUUGUGUUCACGGUAACAGCCGCGGCCGGUGAGGAUGAGGCAGUGGAGCAGCUAGUCCGCUCGAUCUCCCCUACAGCGAAGAGGACGUACCACAUCGCGGGGACGCAGAAGUUCGAGAUGCCGAAGCAGGGGGUGAAGAUCUCUGAAGUCUUCCGGGCCAUGGAGCAGGCAAAGGGAUCGCUGAACAUCGUCGCCUGGGGCCUGGUUGAUACAACGCUGGAAGAUGUCUUCAUCAAAGUUGCCAAGGAGAGUGAGAAAUGCCCUGAUUAGACAGUAUAUUGGGCAUUUCUUUGGGGAGUGUUUGCUUUGCUUAAAUGCUUGCUUUUCUUAGACUCUCGGAAGAAUCUUGCCUUGCUUUGACUACCCAGGUGUAUUCAAACUAAAGUCUUAUUACUUGGAAUACCUGCCGAAGAACAUGUCUUUUUUUUAGAUGAGCAUGUGUUUUUUUUUGUGAGGAAUAUUGUUGGACUAAAAGUCUGGGCACCUCAAGCGCCUGUUCUUCAGCUGUAGGACGCACGCACUGUGGCCAAUCCGACAAUGACACAAGCAGCAUAUAUACGACGAUGGCAAUGCCUGGCACAGGAUUGGCAAGCCUGCAGCAAUGGCCGACACGCUUCAACAACCCAACCGAAGAUUGUUUCUCCUUCCAUCUUU